GAUAACUUGUCGAUAGUAAUUGGAAUUAAAUAUGGUUUUUAAGUAUAGUGGUGCGGUUACAGAUAUAUGUCUUUUAGUGGUCAUUUUUGUGAUUACACCGACUCAAACUUUUUCUAUGAGUGUAGGUCACAGUUCAGAGGCCAAUGGAUUGCAAAAUGUGUUGACAGAGUUAGAAAAAAUAUCUUCUUCACUAAAAAGUAUAGGGUCAAUCAACGACAAGCUGAUUUCGAAUAUACGAGAUAACGCCACGAGGUAUGGUUUCAAGAGCAGGAAUCCCGAGGAUUUCGCCAAACGUGGAUACACUUGCAUUAACGGCACCGGGUGGUACAAGCUUUACUUGAACAAUGUCACUUGGAACGAAGCGAGAAAGUCUUGUCGUGGAGACGAAGCUCAUCUCGCUAUUAUUAACUCGGAAAACGAAGCUGAGGCGCUGAAAACGCUGCUGCUUGAAAAUUAUCAGUUUAGCGCUUACAUCGGCAUCCAUAAUCAAUUUAAGGAAGAUGAAUGGGUAACUGUAUUUGGCGAUCCCCUCAUUGAAACGGGCUAUAAUCGAUGGAGCGUCGGACCGCCGAAAAUUUUGCUGGCCAACUGCGCCGUACUGUUUGAGGACGGCAAAUUGCUCGGGAUUCCUUGCAACGCUGUGCGAUCCUACUUUUGCGAGAUUCCCGGAAUACCGACCUGCUGGCAUAUUAAUUAAAAGCCAUAUUUUAUAUCACGAGUAAGAUUCUUGUGUAACAACUUGCUACGAUUUUGUCAAAUUUUCUAACAUUUUUUAUACUUUUUCAUACUUGUAACAUUACUUGAUACUUUUCCAAAAAUAACUUAUUGACGAAUUUUCGGCCCACGAAUGCAUAAACAAUAAAUAAUUUUAUCAGUAAUUACUAAACUAAUGUUUAAAUAAACUAUGGUUUGUUGUUGUUUCAUAUGUAAAUAAGUAUAUUGAUUGUACACACUUAAUAAUAUAAUAUAUGAAAAUUUCA